AUGUCUUUAUCUCCUGCCGAAAAGCACGUGAGUGAUCUGAGGAUUGUUCUGAUGGGGAAAAGUUUGUCAGAAAACAUCAAAGUGAGAAACUUUAUCCUGGGGAUAGAUGAAACAGAGAGUGAAGAUUAUUUACAGAAUCACAGUGUGAUGAUCAGAGGAAUGGUGGAGAACAGACACGUCGCAUUUAUCAACUGUCAUCUGCUCCAGCCAAACCUCACACAACAUCAGAUCACAGAGAGAGUAAAAAAGUGUGUAAGAGAAUCUGAUCCAGGACCUCAUGUGUUCAUUCUCGUACUACAGCAGCGUGACUUCAGUGAGGAGGACAAAGGCAGAGUAAAGUAUGUACUGAAAGAAUUCAGUGAUCAGGCAAUGAAACGCACCAUAGUGCUGACUACUGAUGAAGAUACACACAGAUCCAUACACAGUUCUGUGAGAAACAAUGAAUUGAUCAAUCAGUUAAUAAAUGAAUGUGGAGGAGGACAUCACUUCAAUAAAAGACAACCAGGAUGGUGCUCUGAGAUGUUGAGAAGGAUAGAUGAGAUACUCAAGAAAGAACCUGAAGAAUAUCUCAAAUGUGACAUCUAUGAAGAUGCAGAAGGAUCAUCUGUUGAUCAGAAGCCGAUUAUACAUGAAGAAUCGGUGAGAUCAGAGGAAGACAAAUCAUAUCACAAAGAUGAUGGACAAACCAAAGAGAUACAUAAAAAGAAUAAAGAUAGAGGAGGUUUAUUUUCAUCAGAAAAAUCAAAUCUGAACAUGGUGUUGUGUGGAUCUGAUGCAGGACUGAAGGUCACCAUCUCCAAACUUCUACGAGGAAAAAAACCAUCACAUCAGAAAGAGUUCAGCUCAGUGUGUGUGAAGAAAGAAGAGAAGAUACAUGGACAUCAGAUCUCUGUUGUUGAACUUCCAUCACUGACUCAACUCUCAGAAGAUGAAGCGAGGUAUCAAACUCUCAGGUGUGUGUCUCUCUGUGAUCCUGGAGUUCAUGUGUUUCUCCUCAUUGUUCCUGCUGGUCCAUUGACUGAUAAAGACAAAGAAGAAAUGCAGAUGAUCCAGAAGAUGUUUUACUCCAGUGAGCAUUUCAGGGUUAUUUUCACAACUGAUGGCACUGUUGACAAAACUCUGACAGAUUUUGUACAAUCAUAUUCUGAUUGUAAGAGUCUGAUCAAUCUCUGUGGAGGACGCUACAGGGUGUUGGGACUGAAAGAAUAUGAACAAUUUAAACAAACAUCACUACAACUGCUGGAUUAUAUAAAAGACAUAAAGACUGAACCCUAUUCACUUCUGAUGUAUAUGAAAUCCCAAGAGAAGAGAGAGAGAGAUGAAACUGAAGAGACAUAUAAAGAAAAACUGAAUGAAAUGAAGAGAAAAAGCAAAGAGUUACAGCUAAAGAUCAACUCGUAUGGUAUUGAAGAAGAACAGGAAGAUCUGAAGCAUUUAAGGAUUGUUUUGAUUGGAAAGACAGGAAAUGGAAAGAGCGCAACAGGAAACACAAUACUGGGAAGAAAACAAUUUCAAAGCAAAUCACGGGCAAAUUCAGUGACGACUGUUUGUGAGAAAGGAGUUUGUGAAGUUGAUGGUCGAUCAAUCGCUGUUGUUGAUACUCCAGGUCUGUUUGACACAAAAACACAAAAAGAACAAGUGUUGGAGGAAAUGAUGAAAUGUGUUUCACUGUCAGCACCUGGACCUCACGCCUUCAUCAUUGUGUUGAGUGUGGGUAGAUUCACUCAGGAGGAGUCAGAGACUAUAGAUCUGAUAAGGAUGUUCUUCGGCCCUAAAGUUGCACAGUUCAGCAUCAUUCUGUUCACAAGAGGAGAUGAUCUUAAGGGUGAAUCCAUAGAGGAUUAUGUGAGAGAAAGUGAAUCUGCUGGACUGAAGAAACUGCUCAGAGACUGUGGAAACAGAUACCUGGCCUUUAAUAACAAUGAAACACAAGACAGAACUCAAGUGAUGAAACUGAUAAAGAUGAUAGAAGAGAUGAAAACAACAAAUCACGGCAGAUAUUUCACUAACAGCAUGUUUGAAGAAGCAGAGAUGAGCAUUAAAAAGAAAAUGGAGGAAAUACUGAAAGAGAAAGAGAGAGAAAUUCAAGCACAAAAAGAGGAAAUAAAAGCCAAACAUGAGAUUGAAAUGAAAAACAUGAAGAAGAGAUUGGAGGAAGAGAAAAGAAAAGCAGAUGAGGAAAGAGUGCAGAUGGAAAAUAAGUUUAAGGAGCAGGAAGAAACUCUGAGAAAAGAAUUUGAGGAGAAAGAGAAAACAGAACAACAGAAACGAGAUGAGGAGAAACAGAAACGAUUAGAGGAGGAAAAACAACAAAGAGCUGAAUAUGAUCAGAAGAUAAAAGAGAUGAAGAGAGAGAUUGAACAACAGAGAUCACAGAGAGAGAAAGAGAGAGAAGAGGAGGAUAGAAAGAGAGAAGAGAAAUACAGACAAGAUCAAGAGAAGAUGAAACAUGAACACAAACAAAUAAUAGCAGAAUUACAAAAGAAACAAGAAGAGGAGAUUAAAAAGAGAUAUUUAGAUGAACAGAAGAGAAGUGAAGAAGAAGAGAGAGAGAAACAAGAAUGGGCGAGAAAAAUAAGAGAAGCUGAACAUGACAGAAAAGAGACUCAAGAAGAAAUUAAACGACAACAGAGAGAAUGGGAGGAGGACAAGAAACGACAGAUGAGAGAGAGAGAGGAAGAGGAAAGAAAGAGAAGAGAGAGACAUGAAGAACAACUAAGAGAAAAACAAGAAGAACUGGAGAAAAUGAGAAAGAAAUUUGAAAGAGAGAAAGAAGAAGAGAGACAAAAGAGAGAAGAAGAGACACAGAAACAGAGAGAAGGAAAAGAACAGAAAGAGAGAGAAUAUGAAGAGAAGAAAAAGGAAAUGAUGAAACAUUAUGAAAAACUUGAACAAAAGAGAAAAGAGGUGUGGGAGAGAAAAAGAAAAGAGGAUGAUGAGAGAAGAGAAGAGGAGAGAAAGAGAUGGGAGAAAAGAAUUGAGGAUAUAAAAAUAGAAAAAGAAGAAGAGAUCAGAAGAAGAGAAAGAGAGAGAAAAGAAAAAGAAGAAAAAGAACGAGAAGAAAUGAAGCAGGAACAUGAACAGAGAAUAAAAGAGAUAAAGAAGAAACAUGAAGAUGAAGCCAGAAAACAAGCAGAAGAAUUUAAUGAAUUCAGAGAAAGAAAAGAGGAACAUGUUAACAAACUCAAACAAAUGCUGGAGGAACGACAGAAACAACACGAAUUACUAGAAAAACUUCAUCAACACUUACAAAAACAGAAAGGUGAAGAAAUAAGAGAGCUACAAGAAGAAGUUAAAAAACUGAAAAAUAAAUCAGAAUCAGGUUGUGUCAUUCUGUGAAAGGGACAAGACACAAUUAUGCCGGUUAUAAUGGUGAGCAUGAUAUUUUAUGUGCAGUAUAUUGUAUAUACACAUUAAUUACAUCAAAUUUUUUGGCAUGCACCCCCAUUGUCUAGGGAGCACCCUUUCGUGCCCCUCCAAAGAAAAUUUAUGACAUAAAACAAUCUCAAACUUAGAAUUAAACAAAGCAUAUUAACUGAUACAAUGUAGUGCUGUUGCUUAGUAGCCUGAGGUUUAUGAGUUUAUGAUGAACUAAUGUAUUUUUUAAAUGUCAUAAAACUUUGUCCCCCUGCCUGCCCCCCAGUUUGAGAAAAACUGCUAUAUACAGUAUUUGCUUUAACAGCAUGUGCCCUAAACAUUUCUCUGGGAUUCCCACUGUCAAUGUAGAUGUCUCUUUCAGUUCAAGAAGUGAAAGAGAGAAGUUUUGCUACAUUUACAUUUAGCAAAUGCUUUCAUCCAAAACAACUUACAAAGAUUAGAAAAAGAGAUUUGUCAUAUGCAGGCUUACAAGAAGUGCUAAUACCAAGUUACUAGUUUUCACAUUUCAAAAACAAUAGCAAGGCGCGCCACUCAUUCACUGAAUGCAAGGUUCUGAACGGGGUGUAUGUACACUCAAAAAAGAAACUGCUCAUGG